GGGCCGGCGGGAGGUGGCGGCGCGAUGGGGUCCCGCGGCGCGCGGGCCUGACCCCGCGGCAUGGCCGCCAUCAUCAAGAAGCAGAUCCUGAAGCACCUCUCCCGGUUUACCAAGAAUCUCUCUCCAGACAAAAUCAACCUGAGCACACUGAAAGGGCAAGGGCAGCUGACCAACCUGGAGCUGGAUGAAGAGGUGCUGCAGAAUGUGCUGGAGCUGCCCACCUGGCUUGCCAUCACUCGGGUGUACUGCAACAAGGCAUCUAUCAGGAUCCAGUGGACAAAGCUGAAGACACACCCAAUCUGCCUGUACCUGGAUAAAGUGGAGGUAGAGAUGCGAACAUGCGAAGAGCCUCGGCCACCCAACGGACAGUCUCCCAUUGCUCUUGCUGCAGGUCAAAGUGAAUAUGGCUUUGCUGAAAAGGUCGUGGAGGGGAUGUUUAUUGUUGUCAAUUCCAUCACCAUCAAGAUUCAUUCCAAGGCCUUUCAUGCCUCUUUUGAGCUAUGGCAGCUCCAAGGCUACAGUGUCAACCCAAACUGGCAACAGAGUGACUUGCGACUCACCCGCAUUACUGAUCCACAGAGGGGAGAGGUUUUGACAUUCAAAGAGCUCACCUGGCAGACACUUCGCAUAGAAGCAGAUGCCACUGACAAUGGUGAUCAGGAUCCUGUUACUACUCCUCUGAGACUCAUUACCAACCAGGGCAGGAUCCAGAUCUCUCUCAAGAGAAGGACCAAAGACUGCAAUGUGAUGGCAUCUAAGCUGAUGUUUCUCCUUGAUGACCUGCUCUGGGUGCUGACAGACUCUCAGUUGAAAGCAAUGAUGAAAUAUGCCGAAUCUCUGAGCGAAGCCAUGGAGAAGUCUGCCCAGCAGAGGAAAAGCUUGGCACCAGAGUCUGUACAGAUCACACCACCUGCACCAAGUACCCAGCAGUCCUGGUCUCAGUCGUUUGGAGUCAGCCCGAAUGCAAGUAGCAUUGGUCAAUAUUUUGAUAAGCACGACAUGAAAGAGUCAUCAUAUCACCUCCUCAUCUCACGCUUGGAUCUGCACAUCUGUGAUGACAGCCACACUCGAGAGUCAGGUGCUCUGAAGCAUGGGAUGCUGGGUGGUGCCAUACAGCUGACCUUCAGGAGGAUGGCUUUUGAUUAUUACCCUUUCCACAGGGCAGGAGAUGCCUGCAGGCAUUGGGUGAGGUACAGUGAAGCAAUGGAAACACGGGGACAGUGGGCAAAGAAGCUGGUCAGUGAAUUUCAAAGCAAGAUUGAGAAGCUUUAUGAAGAAAUGGACCCUGCAUUUGUCAGGACUCCACUUUCCCCCUUCAGAAAGAAACCAGAUAUUUCCUUGAGUCCUCAUAAAAGUCCCUUAGAGAAAGGCCAUGUACCUCCCACAAGCUUGCCACGACUCCGGCACCCUCCCUGGAACCGUCUUCGAUCCAGCUGUGUGGUAGUUCGAGUGGAUGACCUGGAUGUUCACCAGGUUUCUACAGCUGGUCAACAAAGUAAGAAACCCUCCACCUUGCUUUCGUGUAGUAGAAAAUUCUUCAAACUUCCUGAUCAGGUCUCUGCAAUCCACAUUGAAUUCACAGAGUAUUACUUCCCAGACAAUCAGGACUUUCCAGUUCCAUGCCCAAACCUGUAUGUACAGCUGAAUGGCCUGAUGGCCACUCUGGAUACAGCGAGCGUGCUCUGGAUAAACCUCUUCUGUCUGGAUCUUUAUCGCAGCUUGGAGCAGUUCAAAGCCAUCUAUAAGCUGGAGAACUCAGGCAAGCGUGAUGAGCAUGUUGAUGUUCGACUGGAUGGCUUCCACCUGAAGCUUAACAUCCCUGUGGAGAGGAAAGUCGCUGACCAUCAGGAUCGUCCACAGGCACUCUGCAUUUGUGCCUCAGAGAUGACUGCCACCAACACCCGCCACGCUCCCUUCUGCAGCUGCCAGGACCUCCAGAGCCUCUUCCGUAAAUUUGCCAGCUCAGAAUUCUUCCACUCCAGCUAUACCAAGUUCCCAAGGUGUCAGGACAACUUCAGCCUCCUCCACACCCUCUUCUUGCGCCAUGCAUAUGAGGUGGAUGAUAGGCCUCAGAAGCAUCUUGGCUUUCCCCAGCUACUACACAAGCCCUCAGCCUCUGAAGAUCUGUGGUCUGUGAAUUUCACUGAGCUUUCCCUGGACUUCGAGGGGGCUGAAAGCUCCAAGGGCAGAGCCCUUAGCUUUAUUGACCCUUUUCCCCUUUCCAUUUGGGCCUGCCUUCCCAAGAGAUGGGGGCAAGCUCAGAUAUCUAAACGACAGGAAUUGGCUGCCUCUGAGUUGAAAAUCAAACCUUCUGCCAGCUUUAGCAAUCACUCAAAGGAUGAGCACCUUUCCAGAGAACACGGGGUUUGUCAAAGAUCAAAGACUGACCAGGAUCUGAAGAACAUCUACAAGGUCCCAGAGACAAUGGAUGUCUUGGGAGAAGCUAAGUGUGAAGUUGAUGAUGGAGUUGAUACUAAAGAGCUGGAAACCUCUGCCGAUAUCCAUGUGCUUGUGUCCUCAUCUGUCCAUGUCAAAGUUCGGCUCAACCACUACCAAUACUUGGUGCUACUCAGGAUGAAAGAAGUUCUGCAAGAGCUACAGGAGCGGUUGGCCCGAGACACCCAGGAGGUGACUGGGUCUCCUUUAGAUCCCAUGUCCGCUUGUGUAGGAGUUAUAUUCCAUACGGCCGAAGUGGCCCUACUCAUGAACCCUGCACCUGGGUCUGUCUUGGAACCCAGAUCCCUCGACUCGGACACAACAAGCCUGAUCGAAUCUGAGCUUUCUCCUUCAGACAGUAAGGAGGGGCUGGCAGCUGAAGAGAAGGAGCUGAAAUCAGAGACCUCACCAGAGAAGGAAGUAUGCAGUACUGAAGAGGUCCCAGAGGACAGUGGGAUUGAAAAUAGAGGCACCAGUGUUCCACUGGAGAGACUCCCAAGAUCUGCGAGUGAUGGAGCUCUGAGUACAGCUCCAAACAGUAAGAACGUAGAGGAGAAAGGUUUGGUAGAGGAAGCACGUGAAGCUGUGGAAGCCCUGGUUGCAGAAAGACCAGCAGAGACUAGCAGCCAUCCUCAGAGCCCUCCUGCUCUCCCUUCUAGCCCAAGCUCAGACACGCAGUCCUUGGGGAGAGGAAGUAUCACUCUCAGUGGCCAGGCAGAACUCAUCCCUUUGAAGAACUUAGAGGUGGAGUUGUCUAGUGCACUGCAUAUCACAAAGGAUGCCACAAAGGAAGCUCUGCACGUGACUAUGGACCUCACCAAAGAAGCCAUGUCUAUAACAAAAGACGCUCUGAGCCUGAGCCGGGAGAAGAUGACCUCCACCAUGCAGAAAAUGCUCUCUCUUCCCCCAGCCAAGGAUCCUGUGCCCAAAGCUGAAGAGGGAGCAGUGACUCCAGGCGGGGCUGGCAGCACCCGAAUGCGUUUCUUCUCCAUGAAGAGAACAGCAUCCCAGCAUUCCUUUGACACCCCCUCUAUGGAUGGGAGCGGCCCUGAGGACGGGCUGUCCGUGGACAGCGAUGGCAGUGACGGCUUUGUGAUGCUCACAGACUCUGAAACCAGCCUGGACCCUCUUCCCUCAGGGCAUCUUCCUCAGGUCCACACUGACACAUGCAGUAGAACAAGCCUGAUGGCAGAGGACAAGGGUGGAGUGUCUCCUGAAGUAAACAGCUCAACUUCACAGAGUGGAGACCCCAGCCUUCAGCUGGUGUCAGUCCUUGUGCUGAAGAUGAAUGAGGUGAACUGUGGAAUAGAGGCACGAGGUGAUGAUUUGUCAGUUGCUUUACAAGUAAUGAACGUGGCUCCAGAGCAACUGAACAACGUUGGAAUGUGGCAGUAUCUGCGUGGCUAUCUGGCUCUAGGAGAUCCAGGUAUAGAGAAGCCUUUGGGCAGUGAAGCAAGUAAGACCCAGCCAGAAGUGUGCUUACGUUUUGAAGUAGGACCUGAUGCUGCUGUGCAUUCACCUCUUGCUGUUCAGAAUGGCUUCCUUCAUCUGCUGGUCCGCAGUUACACAGCAGAGCUCUUCAUGUCCUUCCUGACCAACCUUGGCCCCUUUCUUGAAGAUGAAAUAAUUCCAGAGGUGAUCCCCAUGGACAUAGAAGUUGUGGAUGCCAAAAUCACAUUGAAGGAUGACAACCCCCAGGUAUACCCUACCUCCCCUGGCCCUGUUCCUAUCACCUUGGCAGUGGAUCACAUCGUUGUGAAGCGCCGAGAUGAUGGGAUCUUCUAUGUAACAGCUCUGCAAGGGGAGGGCUCACCAAAACAGGAAAAACCUGUGUCAGUUCUUCAGGAACAGAAGGCCCCGGCAGAGUGUGUUGAGGCAGCCCCAGCACCAGCACCACAUGGACUACAGCUAAAGGAAGUGCUGGAGUUGCAAAGAGAGCUUCAGACCAUGAAAAUAGCCCUUGCAGAAGCCAACAUGGACAAGGCUCGCCUUCUGCAGGAGAUUAGGAAAUACAAUCCCCUCUUCCAACUUUGACAGAGAAGGCACAGGCUGCAGCUGCUUAGGAGGAGCGGAGACACCACCAGCACUAAGGCACUAGUUUGGUGAUGUUGCUGCUGAACAGGUCAACCUCCUGGAGACUGAUCACCUCAACAAAAGGAAACCAGCUGGGAUUGCAAAAUGAACUCAAAAGAGGGAGAAAGGAAGGAAAAGUCUGGCUGAGCAACAGGGAAGGAACAAGGAGGAGCUACCUGUUUGCAGCCACUUUCCUCUCUCCUGACAGUAUGGUGCCACCUCUGUUGCUGAACCAGGGCAGUGGUCAGCCUACAAACAAAAGGUCAAGCCUAUAAACUCCAGUUGGGGGGGACCCCCAUGCCUCUUCAUCCAUAGGUGGUAUUGGCAGUGUGCUUUCAGCCUUCACCUUUCAUGGUAACAUCUAGAGAUGGUCCGUGGUGGGGGGUUCUGCUUCUUUCAGCCUUCCUUGUUGUGUUCUUGCCCAAUCAUGCAAAUGAAAGAACACAAAAAAAGGAGAAAGAAGAAAGAAAAAGUUACUUCACCACAUCAGGAGCGACAGAGAAUAGCAGAAAACAUUGCUAGGAGCUCUUACAUGCAAGCAUGUGUUCUAUCACAUGAAAAAUGGAGGUCAAUGGGAGAUGCAGAAGGAACUUCCCCCCUCUGGAGGAAGGGGGCUACAGCUCACUAUUCCCUGAAGGGCAGUGUCAGGGUAGAAAAGAAAUUCCUUGAGACUUCUUCCACCACUAAUUUGUUGUGUCAAGACAGACUCAGUAGUAUAUUAGAUCUGGUCUAGGUCAUUCUCACUUAAUGCUGCAAUGUUUGGCUUUUAUUUAUGCAGAAACACAAAGGAAUUAAUUUAUUUCAUUACAAAGCACUGUUUAAACUUUCUUUAAUUGUACUGUCAAAAAAACACGGGUGAAGGAAGUUGGUUGAGUCACAAAAUGACCUAUGCAUAUUCUUUGGGAUGCACACUGUCCUCAAACCAUUGUAUGCCAGAAUUGAACUAGUGGGGAGAGGAAGAGCAGUACUGUCAGCACAAGGAAAUAGCUGUGUUCCUACACAGUCGUGUAUUUUGAUGAGCACUGAGCUCUUGCCUGGUCGUAAAUCCCUUUUAACAUGUUGGUAUGUUGGUCAGGAGAAAGGAGGUGACCAGGCUGACACUGUGAGUUGCUCAGUGUCAGCAGCGGUGAAACAGCAGCUGCUGGGUUGAUCAUAACUUGUGUUCUUGUCUUUCUGUAGCCGUUCCCUGAAGACAGAGAAGUCUGUGGUCAGUGACUGACUUAAUUUACAAAGAAAUAUCCCCCAAAAGUGUGGAAGGGGGGGAUAUGUAAAUUUUUUUUACAUCUAAAAAAGUAAAAUAUGAAGUAAACACUAAUAUUGAAAAGUAAAAAAGGAAACAUCAUUUGGGAACUGCAAUAAUCAAAUCCACUCCUGAAGACAAACUGGUAUGUGGCUUGUUUGCUUUGCUAGUUCAGGCAAUACGUGGUUGAUGUGCUGAAGAAGGAAGCAGUGUAAGGGGCAGCUGUGGAGGGAGAAGCUGUUCCAGAGGAGAGCUCUGUGUUCCCAUACUGUUUCCACGUGCCCCCUCUGUGUUAGGGAUGCACACCCGUUCCCUCCCCUGUUACAUGCAGCAUCUUUACUGUGUGCAGAGUUUGGAUUUUCUCUUAUUUCAAAUUUUGAUUUAGGUUUUUCCAGAUGCCUUUUGUGUUUGUGUAAAUGUACCAUUUCUGGUGCACAGGCUUUCCAGUGUGUGCAGAACAGGCAGUGAUUGCCACAUGCUGAGUGCUGGGAAAGGUGACAGGUUAUGUGCCAUUCUCCUUUAUUAAUCAGAUGAAAGCUGCUCUUGUCUGUAAAAGUUGAGUAACCCUUGGGGGUUUUUUAUUAGCUGAACAAACUCCCAAAAACUUAAUCCAAUGGAUUUUUCUUUUUCCUCAUUACUCCACUAAAAUCAGUUUAGCUAAAGGAAUACAAGAUUUUAAUCCUGCUUACUAUGCAAGGAGAAGCCUCUGAUUUACAUGCCAUGAUGAGUUGAGACCUGGAAACUACACAAAAGCAAGCAAAUAAUUUGGGAGCUAACUUUGGUUUUCCUGCUGUGCUCUUAUAUACUUGUCUCUUUGCCCAGCUCGAAUUGUUGGUGACUUCCCCUUAUCAGGCACUCCUGAGAUCAUUUUAGUUCUUCUUUAGCUCUAGGGAAAAGGGGUGUAUGUGCAGCACUAGGCUGGAUGUGGAGGUGCUGCUGGCUGUGGUUUGCAGAGAGCCAAGAGUGAAUUCCUUGUGGUUGUUAGCUUUCUCUUUGAAAAAAGAGGGUAUAUAAGAGACGGAUGGUGAUUACAGUAACUGUCACUCUUAAGAUCAUCCUCUUAAUGCCGUGUUUGACUCCAUUAGACUGAAGGUAGCUUUGAAUAACACUUGUUGGAGUUCCUCCUUGUACGCUAGGUUUGAAUAGACAGCCUUAGCAGGCCCGUGACUCUGCCCAGACCUGACUGACCAGUGCCUACAACCAGAUGCAACAGCAAGAGCCUGACCUUCCUUCUGGAACCUCUGGGAGCAGGCAGCCACAAGGAAUCAAAAGGAGUACUUGCCUUUGGCAGGAGCACAGGAGCUGGCCUGCAGGAGGCUGCAUGGGCACCACCCAUUCAGCCUGGGCUAGUGCUGAUGUUUGGAUGCUGCACCUUCUGCCAGCUGCUUUGCUGCUCCUCCACAGCGAGGAUCACUCCUCAUUCCUGUUAGACAACCUGGCUGCUUUCUCUGUGACCCAGCCCCUGCCCAGCACAGCUUUCAACAGCGUAGAGUUGUGGUGCUGCCUGUGGUUGAAGAGGCACUUGAGCAGCCUGUCAGACCUGUUCUCAAGAGGAAAAUGCACUUUAUAAGCAGCAGUGGGCAUUUCCUUCACCAAUACUGCCUCGUGAGUGGAAGAAUUCAGACGUAAAAACAGGGGUUCUGAAAUGCAAGUUACUUUCUGUAGUAAGAUUGUUGCUAUGAGCAGUUCUCAUGGCAAGAUGGAAAGGAGGUAACAAAGCAUCUACGUAUCUAGACUUGCUGUGAAACAAACCAACCUAUAUGCAAACAGCUCGCUGUAAGUACCAUUACAAACUGCACAAAGCUCAGCUGGGCAAAAGCUGAACUUUAUUUAGUCAAACCUUUGUGCUUGCUCCCUCUUCCUGCGUGAAGCAAGAAAUACGAGAAUGCUUGCCUUGGGUGGAAUGCAAUGAUAUUCUUAUGAUUUAAUCACUAAUUGCUUGAAAACGGGAGGUUUCUUUUCUUUCAAGUUUUCCUGACUUUUUGUUUGAGUAGGUGUCCGGCCUCACCUCCUGCCAGCUUGGCAACAGCCACCCUUGCAAAGGGUUUCCUCAGAUGUGGUGCCUACACGCAGUGUCACACAGCUCCUCACCGCUCCCUUCCACGUGUGCAGACUGAGCAGAGCUGGGGCCAAGUUAUGUACAGCAGAUUUCUUGCUCCGGUAACUUCAGUCAACUGGGUUUGUUUAAGAAUGAAGCACUUCCAUUGUUUUGUUUUGAAGUACCAGUAAAAAGUACUGUAAAAGAAAAUCCACAUCCUUUCUACAGGGCAUACGCAUGGGAGGACAAAUACUCCUGUAUCUCCACUGAUGAUGAUUAGCAAAGUUUACUUUGUAGAGCCUUUUAUUUAAGGACUCUUUGUAUGUUACUAUGAGAGCUAACUUAAUCCUUUGUGUAACUACAACACAAUUACCCUAAGAGCACGUGGCCUUAGCAUCUUUCACAUUUAAUUAGAAGCAGUGUGCUCACAGGGGACUACUGUGUGUAGAGCUGGGUAAUGUGCAAGUCUGAACUUGAAUUUGAGUUUUAGGCAGUAUUGGAACUCUGUUGCGGUAUAUUUCCACUCAUGCAUUUAUUGGUUCUAUGAACCAUGAAAGGAAAUUAAACUUGUUAAUCUCCUUGGA